AUGGCUCCAGUUAAAAGAAAUAAGUGGAACCAAGAAUCUAUGGCAGCGGCAAUAGCCGAUGUGAAGGCUCGUAAGCUCUCCAUUCAUAAGGCCAGCCAGCAUUAUAAUGUGCCGAAAUCGACUUUGCAUGACCGCAUUUCAGGCCGAGUGAAGGAGGAUACAGUAAAUGGAAAACCUCCUAUUUUAUCAUCGGCUGAUGAAAAGCAAUUAAUCAAAAUUGCUACAGAGAGAGCAGAAAUGGGCGUUGGCUUCAACAAGUCAAAUUUUAAACGCGCCGCUGCAGCGUUGGCAAAACAGCGAGGGGCAUCCUUCAAAAAGGGAGUGCCAUCUGAAAAGUGGUGGACUCUCUUUAAGAAACGAAACGGCGGCGAGGUGUCCCUGCGCCAGCCUGAGUCUACCGCUAGCAUUAGACACAAGACUAUGACCAAAGAACGGACCAAUAAAUACUUCACUGUAUUGAGCGAAGUAUUGACAACUUACGGACUGGACGGACAACCAAACAAGAUAUGGAAUAUGGACGAGAGUUUUAUUUCAUUAUCAUCUGAUAGUUCCUUGGUUGUGACCAGAACUGGCACAAAGUACAUCCAGUCCAAGACUGGAAGUAGGGAGCAUGUUACAAUUCUUGCCUGUGGGAGUGCUGCUGGUAAAUUCAUACCACCCCAUUUCAUUAUGAAGGGAAAAACACAGGUUGCCCUGAGAUCUUGGGAUUCUGAAAAUGCCCCUAUUGGUUCUUUUGUCAGUGUGUCCGACUCUGGAUGGAUAAAACAGGGUUUGUCGCUCUUAUGGUUUCAGAAAGUUUUUCUGCCGAACAUAGGUCCUGAACGUCCACAGAUUUUAAUAUUUGAUGGACAUGAUAGCCACCAUCAUGUAGAGCUUAUUGAAUGUGCUCGAGAGAACAACAUUGUACUGAUGGAAAUACCAGCUCAUUGCUUUCAUUGGCUACAACCAUUAGAUAGGCAUGAUUUACUUUCCUCUUUGUGAAAUAAUUAGCUUACUCAUAUAUAUCCUUCUCUUUGCUAUGAUCAUAUCAAAUUUCAGGUCUGUGUUUGGGCCCCUAAAAAAGAAAUGGCGUGAAGUCAAUACAACUUUCAUUAUGGAAACUGCCUGUCCCAUCACACAUGGAAACUUCUUCCGCCUUUUCUCAAGAGCGUGGAAUAGUCUGAAGCCUUCAUAUCUUAUAAAUGGGUUUCGGGUUACUGGAAUAUCACCACUUGAUCCUGCAGCAAUUCCUGAGGAAGCCUUCCUCCCAUCAAACGUGUAUGC